AUGUCUCCCUGGAAGCGCAAGAAUGAGACUCGUCGACCCCGCAACCCAGCCAUGGACAAGGCCGAUAAUAAUUCAUCGGACAGCGUGCAGAGACCGGCUUCUUCGGAAACUCGACUGACGGCCCAUGCUGCUCUGUCCGCGGUGAGCGGCGACUUGCGAAAAUCUUCACCAACGUCUCUGUCCUCAGGAGACACAACAGGCGCUCUCUCAGCUCAUCGGCGAGACGAUCCUCGGACGCAAGCGAAACGCCAUGCAGAAUUCGCACCCCUCAGCCACCCCUCGCAUCUCUACGUGAGCCAGCACCCCGGCGGCGAGAUCCCCGACCCGGUCGUCGACGAACCGCCAUACUUCUUCCUCCUGACUACGUAUAUCAGUUUUCUCGUCCUGAUCGGCCUGGGCCACUUCAGAGACUUCUUCGCCAGAUGGUUCUCCCCAGACUCCACCCGACACUUGAGACCGCAUGACGGAUACGCCCCGUUGUACAGCGACUUUGACAGCUUCUACACCCGCCGUCUCAAGCAGAGGAUCAAUGACUGCUUUGAGCGGCCAACAACCGGGGUUCCGGGCCGGAACAUCACCCUGCUGGACCGGACGACGGAGGAUAAUAUCCACUUUAAACUGACGGGCACCACGACGCAGACCCUGAAUAUGAGCUCAUAUAACUAUCUGGGGUUUGCGCAAUCGGAAGGCCCGUGUGCGGAUAGCGCGGAAGACUGGAUCAGACAGAGUGGCAUCAGCAUGUGUGGCACCUGUGGUGACGCGGCGACAUCCCAGCUUCACGUCGAGGUCGAGAGGCAGAUUGCCCGAUUCGUGGGCAAGGAGAGUGCGAUAGUUUUCUCGAUGGGCUUCGUCACAAAUGCUACCAUGUUUGCUGCACUUGUGGACAAGGGCUGUUUGAUUCUGUCCGACGAACUCAACCACGCAUCGAUCCGAUUCGGUGCCCGUCUCUCCGGCGCCAGUAUCCAGACCUUCAAGCAUAAUAACAUGACGGAUCUGGAAAAUCGGUUGAGAGAAGCCAUCUCGCAAGGCCAGCCGCGGACUCACAGACCAUGGAAAAAAAUCCUUGUCACGGUCGAAGGUCUCUAUUCCAUGGAAGGCACCAUGGUCAAUCUCCCCAGAAUCCUUGCUCUCAAAAAGCGGUAUAAAUUCUAUCUGUAUAUCGACGAGGCGCAUUCGAUUGGAGCCGUCGGUCCCCGCGGACGCGGUGUAUGCGAUUUCUUCAAAGUCGACCCUGCAGAGGUCGAUAUUCUCAUGGGCACGUUCACGAAAUCCUUCGGCGCCAAUGGCGGCUAUGUCGCUGCUGACAAGGCAAUAAUCGAUAAGCUGCGACAGGCAAAUGCUGGACAGCUCUUUGGCGAGGCGCCGACGCCUCCUGUCCUCGCGCAGAUCAUCAGUGCUCUCCGACUAAUGGCGGACGAGGACCCUCUCCAUCCCGGUGAGGGAAAAGAGCGACUGCAACGACUGGCCUUUAAUUCUCGGUAUCUGAGGCUGGGCCUCAAAAGGCUUGGCUUCAUCGUCUACGGACAUGACGACUCCCCCAUUGUCCCCUUGUUGCUGUACAAUCCUGCCAAAAUGCCGGCAUUCUCGCAUGAGAUGCUCAAACGCAAGAUUUCCGUCGUGGUGGUGACCUACCCUGCCACGCCACUGGAACUGUCCCGCGUGAGGUUCUGUGUUUCAGCGGCUCACAACAAGGACGAUCUGGAUCGGCUGCUGCAGGCCUGCGACGAAGUGGGAGAAGCGUUGCAGCUGAAGUUUUCGUCUGGCAUUGCGGGUGGCUUGCGAGAGCCUCUUCCCCCAGACGCGGAUUCGAGCAGGAGGAAGGCAAUCAUUAAACCCCCUCGUUGGCGUUAUGAAGAAGUAGUUCAAAGAGGUGCGAGGGAUGCAAAAUUGCCUAUGUACUAG